AUGCGCGUGUCCAGCACCAUCGCUGCCGUCGCGGUGGCGGCUCCGGCUGCGGUCUCUGCCGUACCUAACCCUCCUGCUCCAGUGCCCCAGCCGAUCCCCGAAACAUUCCAGGGUCUGGACACGGAAAUAUAUGAGAGGAAACGCCGAUGCGAGAUCCAGGUGGGAAAUAUUAAGCGACACUGCAUUUGGGACCAGUGCGGCUCCGUUCAUGAUCCUCCUGAAGGAUACGAGGUUUACACUUCGACUAAAGAAUUUGGCAUCGACAAGCUCAAUACACCUGACAAUUGGAAACAAGACAUGUACCCCUUACCUGGGAAAGACUGCGAAACCUCGUACUUGGCUGGCGAUUGGAAAGGCUGUUGGAUAGGCCACAGGGCCCUUGUGUGCAAGAAGGUUGCCGAGUCCAAGCCCAAGCCUGAGAGAAGCACUUCGACGACUCAGACGUCGACGACGCAGUUGAGCACACCCACGAGCGCCACCCACACGGAGAGCAAGAUGGAGGCCAAGACGGAAUCGACGACUGCUACUCCUUCGGCCCAUAACGACUCCAAGACGGAGUCGAAGACUGGUACUCCUUCGGCCCAUACCGACUCCAAGACGGAGUCGACGACUGCUACUCCUUCGGCCCAUACCGACACCAAGACUGGGUCCAAGACUGGGUCCAAGACACAUGCUAUGUCCUCUUCCGCCUCUGCCUCCGGCUCGGCCUCUACUGGCAGCUCGGCUGCUCAGGCUACCUCUAGCUCUGCCAGCUCUGCCAGCGCCUUCGCUUCCAACACCCCUGACGGCAAAGACGGCAAGGGCACCUCUGUUACUUCCAGCUCUUCCAGCGCUUCCGCUUCCCAGGUUCCUGGUGGCAAAGGCACCACUGUCACCUCGAGCUUUGCUACUUCUGUCAGCGCUUCCACGUCCAUUGGCGGCAACAGCGGCAAUGCAACCCAUGCUCCCUCAGGACCUGCCGGCGUUGCCAGCUCUCAUGCCGCGAGCUCGUCGACCAAGAUCGGCGCUUCCACCUCCAUUGCCACGGCCACUGGUAUUGCCCCUGCUGCUGCGACUGGCAGCGUCAUCUCGAAGCUUCACGUGGAAGCUCUGUACAAGUUGAGCCUCGAAUUCGAGUUCACCAUCCGGGGCGGUCUCUGUGCCAUCACCUACAUGCCCCCUGGGGCCGAUGUCGUCAGCUGGCGCGCUGUCUACCACAUCGAGGCGAGCGCCGAGGUUAAGUUCAGCUUCGAAAUCUGCGAGCCCAGCCAGGCCGGCCUUGUCGUCACCAAGGUCCAGGGACAGUACGUCUAUGGUCUCCCCGUCAGCCACACUGAGGUUGCCCCUGGUGUCUAUGAGCUCGUCUGCGACACUGGCAGUCUCAACCGCGUCACGGUCCAGAACGGUCAUGUCUCCGUCAAGGCCGAAGCUUCCGCCAAGGCCGACGUCACCAUCUACGAGUGCGCCAGCGUCUCCAGCUGCAAGAAGUCUACCUGCUCCGGCAGCAACUGCGGCUACAACCUCGUCGCCAAUGCACAGCCUGCCGCCCCCGCCAGCGGCUCCGUCUCAACUUCUGCCUCCGCUUCUGCCGUUGCCUCCGUCACUUGGGCUUUUAAGCAGUGCGAGACCGAGGCCAAAUGCUCCUGCGUCCAGACUUGCGUCGCCGAGAAGUGCGGACCUGUUCAGAAGCCCGUCCCAGGCGUUGCCCCGGCCCCUGUCGCCGAAGACAAGGUCCGCACCGUCACUGUUGCUGCCAUUGCCCACGCUGUUGCCGAGGUCAAGACUACUGUCACCGAGGGCACGAAGAACAUUCACGUCGAGCCCAUGGUCAACGGCGAGGCCCCCAGCCAGCCGAAGGUCAACGGCGAGACCACCAGCCAGCCGAAGGUCAACGGCGAGGCCCCCAGCCAGCCGAAGGUCAACGGCGAGACCCCCAGCCAACCGAAGGUCAACGGCGAGACCACCAGCCAGCCGAAGGUCAACGGCGAGGCCCCCAGCCAGCCGAAGGUCAACGGCGAGGCCCCCAGCCAACCGAAGGUCAACGGCGAGACCACCAGCCAACCGAAGGUCAACGGCGAGGCCCCCAGCCAGCCGAAGGUCACUGGCGAGGCCACCAGCGGGUCCAAGGUCAACGUCGAGGUCCUCAGCCCUGCUGAGCACCACGUCGAGGACUUCAGCCAGCCCCAGAAGGUCGCCCCAGGCAAGCCCUCAUGCAUCCCGCGCCCUUCGAAGGACGCUCCCGCCGUCAAUAUGGCUCCCGUCGCUUCCGCCCCUGUCCCUGAUUCCGCUUCUCACCAGGUGCCGGAGACCGCUUGCCCUGCUUCUGUCGCCGAAGUCCCUGCUUCCGCUCCGUACCAGGCCCCUGCCCCCGGCGCUGCCUCCGGCCCUGCUUCCGGCCCUGCUUCCGCUCCCAAGCAAGUCUCUGUUUCCGGUUCUGCUCCUGUCGCCGGCGGCUCUGGUUCCGCUCCUGAUCGGACCCCCAAGACCAACGCCGUCCCCUCCGGCGUCGCCCCGGUCAACAGAGUCCCUGAGGUCAAGGGCCACGUCCAGACCCCGGCCACCGUCCAGAUCGCCAAGCAGCCCAACAAUGGCACCACCCCCCCGGCCACCAGCCGCGCUGGCUCCGCGCCUGCUGCUGGCCCCGGCGCCCCCGGCGCUGCUGCCCCUGCGCCUGCCGCCCCCGCGCCUGCCGCUCCCGCCGCCGGUAACCAGGGCCGCCCUACCAACGGCACCGUCGCUGGUACCAGCUCCAGCAAAGUCACCGGCUCUUCGGGCCGUGUUACUGUUGCCUUCAACGUCCUUGCCGGUGUUGUCGCCUUCCUUUUCUUGUAG